AUGCUGGUGACCUAUUUGAAAGCCAGCCGGGACCUUUGCGAGACGGACUCAAUUCUUUUUGGCGCCGCACUGGCAGUUCGCCGUAUUAUAGGCGCCAAACUUUCCAUGGCCGGACGCACUACUGGACAAAGUAGUGCUAUCCCAGCCUGGAGAACAAGAAUUGAAGAACGUAUCGCAAAGGCUAGGGCCCUCAUCGGCAGACUGAUAUGCUUCAGGUCAGGCAAUACCAGGCCAAGGAUUUUGCGCACCGUCAGGAUGGCGUUUGCUGGGACAAAUGUUAGUUUGUCCCAGCCGGAUAUAAUGCAAAAACUGACGGAGCGCAUAGACGACCUGAAGCAGAGAAUCGCUGCUUGGGGAAAGCGGAUUCGGCGAUAUACCGAGAGGUCGACACGGUUCAACCAGAAUCGUCUCUUCCAGAGUGAGCAGAAGAGGCUCUGUAAAUCAUUGGAGCGACCAAUGGUAAGUGGAACGGGCCCAGAACCGAAUCAGGCCGACACGGUCGCAAUCUGGCGCAGCCUGUGGUCAGAGCCCGUAAACCACAACGAGGGCCUUUGGACGGAAGUUGUGGCGAGUCAGUGUGCGAGAAUUACGCCCAUGGAUCCCGUCAUCAUAACGCCGGAUGACGUAGCUAAGGCGGUCCGUAGGGCCCUGAACUGGAAAAGUCCGGCGCUUGACGGGCUGCAUUACUACUGGCUGAAGGGGUUCAUGAGGCGGUUAUACCGUUCGAGCGGAAAACGUAGUGAAAAGACGCGCGCCUCCGCCACAAGCGUGACUGCAGAUGGCCGGUUGCGGGAACACGUAAAGAAAACGACGAGACAGAUGCGUGACGCAGCGCGCAGGACCGGCGCCCCCCGCCGCGGUGCGUGCCCACCGCCCCGCUGGCGCUCGACACGUUUCCUGCGAAAAAAAAUAACAUCGAUAUUUGCGUGGUGCGUAGGCCUGCAGCGAGCUGCCAGGUGUCCGGGAGUAUCGUGCAGCGUUUCGCGGUGCGGUUGUGGGCCCGAGGUGCCGGUGCAGGCGGUGCGUGGAGCCGCGUGGCGGACGCGGCGCCUCGACCCGGGCGGCAGUCGCUCGCAGCAGGCGGCCGAUGCAGGUCGCUCUGCUAUCUUCGCCGAUCACACUUGCUAG